AUGUGUGAUAAUUUACUUUUGAAUAUAAUAUGUGCUGCGGAAGCCGCCAGUGAACUAGAUGAACCAACUAUUCCUACUCCUAAAGUAAGGAAAUAUUGGGUUCAUCCAGUUCAUUCAAAAAUAGAAGGUGAAAAUUAUUUUUCUAUCUUUUAUGAAAAUAUUCGAAAAUUUCCCUUGAAGUUUUUUGAAUAUUUUUGUAUGUCAAUUACUUCAUUUGAUGAAUUGUUAAAAAUAUUGAGGCCUUAUUUGACAAAGCAGCAAACAAACAUGAGGAAUCCUAUCAGCGCAGAAUUAAGACUAACAGUCACGAUAAGGUAA